AUAGACGGAAGUACACUGAUUUGACUCGCCAUCUUUAUUUAGUGCCACUAAACGUUGUUUCCGAUCCUUCUUCUGUAGCUACCGAAACAAAAUGACAUGUAAGCGCAGAAAUGGUGGACGUGCCAAGCAUGGCCGUGGCCAUGUAAACCCUGUCCGUUGUACCAAUUGUGCAAGAUGUGUACCUAAAGACAAGGCAAUUAAGAAGUUUGUUAUUCGUAACAUUGUUGAAGCUGCUGCUGUCAGAGAUAUAACAGAAGCAAGCUUUUACUCAGCAUACCAACUUCCAAAAUUGUAUGCCAAAUUGCACUACUGUGUUUCUUGUGCUAUUCACUCCAAGGUAGUUCGUAACAGAUCUAAAGCAAAUCGCCGUAUCAGAACGCCUCCAGUUCGUAAUUUCCCAAGGGUAAUUAUUAAAACUGCAUAA